AUGAUUUCCGUACAUUCCCAUAUAAAGGGCGUAAAGGAAGAGGUAAAACGUCAAUUUGUUGAUAACAUAGGUGAUUCGAAUUCUUCAAAUCGCGACGGAGGUUGGAAAGACUUAUUACCAUUAGUGAAAAACAAUCCUGUUCAGAUUGAUCACAUUAAUCAAGUCUCGAAAGAAAAAUUUUUCAACUCGAAAGCUCGUAUUAUUGAAAAUCCCGUAGAGACAGCUUUUCAAUACCGAAUUUGUGUCAGUUGUGGUAAGCCUAUAGCAUUGAAUGCUAUAAUGGACCAUUUGGAAAACCAUUGUCAGGGAUCUAGGGAUACGGAAUCUUUCAGCAAAAUGAAGAAGGACAUUGAAUAUGAAAGUACCAAUGCCAAUAGUGGACGAUCGAAUUCAGAAGACAUUCCCACUACACCAACUCAGGAUAGUAAAAGGUUCAAAGAGAAUAGUGAGACACCGCAAGGGACAAGUAAGAGACAGAGAAAGGUUAAACAAAGAAAUCCCACUGAAAAGCAUCUGAUCGAUUUUGACAAGCAAUGCGGUGUCGAAUUACCGGAAGGUGGCUACUGUGCGCGCUCUUUAACGUGUAAGUCGCAUUCAAUGGGCGCCAAGCGAGCUGUGGAGGGUCGUUCUCAACCAUUCGAUACGUUAUUGGCUGAAUAUCACAAACAGCAUCAAACUAAGAUCGGUGCUGCUGCGGAAAAGCGUGCAAAACAACAAAAAGUCCAAAAACAACAGAAGCAGGUUGAAAGAGAGCAUAAGAAGCAGUUGCAACAACAAAGAGAGGGUCAACGUAAAAACAAAAGUAGUGGCUCGUCUCAAAAUAAUGUCGGAAAGGGUAAAAGUGGAAAUAGUACGGAUAAAAGUGCAAAUCAUGCCAACAAUCAUGGCAGCUAUAUAACUUUGAGCCCAGAAGAAGAAACCACUCAGGUAUUGAACGGCGUCUCAAGAUCCUUCCCACUACCGCUUGAGUCCACUGUUCUAUCUUCAGUGAGACACCGAACGAAGUAUUUUAGAAUGAGAGAAAUGUUUGCAUCUGCAUUUUCGGUUAAACCAGGCUACACUGCCCCAGGAUAUGGUGCAAUUCAUUCCCGUGUUGGCUGUAUCGAUAUAGAUAGAACUACCGAUUACAAAUUCCGUAUAAGGACACCACAACCAAUGAAUCAAGUGCCUCAAGGAGCUACACCUCAACAGCUGCAAAAACUUCAACAUCAAAGGAUGCUACAAGCUCAAUUAAUGCAAAUGCAGAAGGAAAACCAUACACAACAGGGCCACUCAGAAUUUCAACAGCGAGCAAGAGCUGCUGGUGCACAUUUGAGUGAGUCGAAUAAUGCAGCUCAAGCAGUGAACAGUAUGCAGAAGUCUAAUGUUCAGCAGAAUGUUCAAGAAAAUGGCUUCACCCCUCAAGAGAUUCAACAGCAACAACAAAAACUUCGGCAACAGCAGUUACAACAACAGAGGUUCGAGGCAGCCGCAUUCCACCUGGCAAAUGCUACAAAGUUGAUGCAAGGGUCGAGUCCAGAAUCGUCAAACAAUAUGGCAAACUCACCACCUUCCUCCUCUAUUAAUCAAUCUUUGGGAAGCCCUAUUGGAGGAAGAGUAAACGUCGGAAUUGGGUACACUACAAAAUAA